AUGGAGAGAUUAUUGUAUAUUUUUGCCACCGGACUAAGCCUUUCCCUCAUUUAUGGAUUAUGCAAUGCAGACGAAGCAGCACCCAGUGGGGAGACAUUCUGGUGUCACGUGUGUUCGUAUACGGUAAAUGAACAGGCAAAUGGCUUCGACUGUCUCAACAAUACAGGCGAAAUGAACGAUCUACAAAGCCGCAUCAAGUGUGGUAACUACUGUGUCAUACAGGAGCAAUGGGAUAAAGGUAAAAAGGAGAUAAAUUCUGUGUUCCGAUCAUGCAGCACCAACUGGGGUAAUCAGUGUUAUGAUGAUAACACGUACAUCACGUGCAGAGGUUCAUGCAAGGGAGAAUAUUGUAACAACAGCACUGUGACAGAAAAGAAUCGCUUUGACGAUUUGUGUGAUGAGUUGUCCUGUGAAAAAUCGGGUUCGUUGUCUAAUCGCGUCACAAUAGUGCCAGGUGUAAUAUGGCUGCUGAUUUUCGUUUAUAUCUAA